AAGAGGGACAUCUUUUUCAUGCAUUUUUUGUAUGUUUUCCAAAGAUGAUGGAUUUUAAAAUAAUUUUAUCUUAUAUAAUAUCAGAGAAAAAUAUGUUCGAAAGUCUUCUCUGUCGAUUUCUCGAGCGUACAUCCACCCCUGUUUAAUUCUAGCGCGAAUAUUAGAUGAUUUCCGAACCGCCUCUUGUUUCAUUCAAAUAUUACUAAAAAACAAAGUAAACUACUUUUCACAACAAAAUCAUUAGUGAUUGAUUAUAUCUUUCUAUUUUCUAGGAAAAAUUACCUAAUUUGAAAUUUUUUUCACUGAUCUGUUUUAAUGAUUCAGAUACCUAUGAUGAAGUGAUUAUACCACAUCUACAUCGUAUGAUGAAUUUAGAAAAGUUAAUUUUAUAUUUGGUGAUCGAUUUUGAGGAAAUAUUUAUCAAUGGUAAUAAUUUUUAAAAAACAAUAUUUAUAAUUAUAUGUCACUUUUACAUAAGUUUGUAUUUAAUAUUCGCUCAACGUACAUUCACAAAUUUUGAAGACAAUGAAGUUAUUUCUAAUGUUGACUAUUUUCCAAAUGAUAGAACUGCUCAAUGUCAUAUUUAUUCAUAUUCAUAUAUAUUAAAAUAUUAUGAUAAUAUUACUAAUAAUUUUCCAGGUGAAUUAUUUAAUCAUGUUCAAAUAGUAACAUUAUUUGAUGAACGUCUUUUUGAACAUGAAUUUUUUAUGUGA